AUGGCCUACAUCGCUGCGCUCGCUAGUUUUGUUCUUUCGACGACGGAAUAUCUCAACAAAUGGUCAGCAAAUAACUGGGUGACGGACAACAAGUGGGACUGGGAUCGAGAAAUCAUUGUCGUCACCGGCGGCAGCAGCGGCAUCGGCGCAAGCAUCAUCAAGCACAUCUUCGCAAGAAACCCCAAAGCGACCAUUGUAGUGGUUGACUUGGCACCGUUAUCAUGGGAACCACCCAAGGGCUCCAAGCUUCACUACUUCAAGUGUGACCUGACCGAUACGGCGGCACUGAAGACGCUUUGCACUCUCAUUCGAACUCAGGUUGGGGAUCCUACGGUUCUCAUCAAUAAUGCCGGCAUUGCGCGGGGUGCAACAAUUAUGGAAGGCUCAUAUGCCGACAUUGAGCUCACCGUGAAGACAAAUCUCAUUGCGCCCUUCCUAUUGACGAAGGAGUUCCUGCCGUAUAUGUCUUUGCAACUCGAGUUGAAGUACAUCCACAAAGCACUGAAAGUUCGACAAACCCUUGGAAUCUUCGGCUUCAUUAGGACGCCUCUUGUCCCGUUCAACCCCGGACAGCCACAUUUUGUUAUGCCACUGCUUCAUGUCGACACUGUUGGUGAGGCAAUUGUGAACGGGCUUUACAGCGGAUACGGCGGGACCAUUUACCUUCCUAGAAUCAUGUCUUUGGUGACUGCACUCAGGGCAGGGCCAGAAUGGAUAUGGCGCCUAGCGCGAGAGACAACCGCCAGUGCGAAGGAUAUCCCUUACACCCCCCGCCAGAAGAUUAAUGACUUGACGGGCACGUUUGACUUGGAAGAGGCUAGCAAGGCAAAGACCAACGGGAUCAAGAAUGAGGAGCUUUAA